AUGAGGAUUUUGAGGGAAACAAACUCCCCACAGCACCCUGGAGGCCUGAAACAGCAUGUCAUCAGAAUACUACUGUACUGCACUGGAGAAAUGCAACAAUUCCACACUUUCAUACAGGAUCAAAUCUUCCCGCUGCAGCUGGCUGAGUGGUGUCUGCGUGGGAUCUCACGGGUGAUUCUGUUAAAUAACCCUGUGAGUGGAGCUGUGAUUCUGGCUGCGCUGCUGCUGGAAAGCCCCUGGCAGGCUACGCUGGGGAUGCUCGGUCUUCUGGCCUCUACCCUUACAGCUAUAAUGCUAGGACAAGACUGUGAGGAGGUAUCUGGUGGCCUUCAUGGUUUUAAUGGAAUGCUGGUGGCUCUGCUGAUGGGUGUGUUCAGCUCUGCUGGAGAAUGGUAUUUGUGGCUACUGCUGCCUGUAUGCCUUGGUGGAGCUACAACGACGUUUCUGUCUAGUGGUCUGGCUCCGGUACUGGACCGCUGGGAUUUACCAUUCAGCGUCUUCCCCUUUAAUACAGUCAUCCUGCUUUACCUUGCUUGCACUGGCACUUCAACCCCCUAUUUUCCAAACUAUCCUGUCCUGCCACUGGGGGCACCAGAGAGUACUAAUCACACCCAAGUCAAUGUGCCACAGCUCCUGCAGGGGGCGGUACUGGGUGUGGGGCAGAUCUUUGCAUGUGAGACUCUAGGACCAUCACUGCUUAUCCUGGGCGCUGUUCUCCUCUUCUCACCCAUUUUGGCUGUUUAUGCCCUCCUGGGGUCUGUCGUCGGCACUGUGGCAGGUCUCUCUGUGUCAGUACAACAUGGCUUUCUGUACUCUGGACUCUCAGGGUUUAAUGGUGCUCUGGGUUGCAUGGGCGUGGGAGCAGGAUUCAUCUUUAGUUGGAGAACACACCUCUUAUCUAUAGCAAGUGCCGUUCUUUCAGCGUACGCUGACAUUGCCUUGAGCAACCUUUUAGCAGUUGUAGAUCUCCCAGCAUCCAGUUGGGCUGCCACACUGACAGGAACACUGAUGCUGUUGCUAACUGGGAAAAACCUCAGAGAAUACAGAAUCCCCAUUAGAAAAGUAACAUCGCCAGAACUGAACUUGGACUCACGCAACCAGUGGUCUGAGGCCAACAGGAAUGCUGCUAAUAUUUGAGGGGCACA